UAGACACGCUCACAUAGUCAGUCAGUCAUAAUGACAGAGGCGGAGAAUCAAGCAUGCGGACUCGAGCGAUGGUGACGGAAUACGAGCAAACACUAACGCUACGGGUGCUCGGACAGUCUCAGGGGGGAAAGAAACAUGUUUGGAGUAAAAACCAGCGACCUUUUAUCCUCCGUUUCCGCGAUAGAGCGCAAAGGAGGAGAGUUUAGUUCGUCUGCAUUCAUCGGCGGAGUUUCAAUGAAAAGUCUGUCACGCGGCACUGAGUCUUACUGUAAACAACAGCAGUUAUAGUAUAGCUAGUAGCCUACAGAUAUAUCAAGACACGCUUGACUUUGCGUUUAUUCUCCGUUUACAAUAAUUUAUAGCUGCUUUUUUGGCGUUUGGACUGUUCAGGAUGCAAGUGAAAAAGAGGAGCUCCGAGGACCCUCAGCGGGAUGAAAAGAAACCCUCGUGUUUCUCAAAUAUUAAGAUAUUUUUAGUGGCGGAAUGUGCUCUUAUGUUGGCACAGGGCACAGUGGGGGCAUACUUGGUGAGCGUGCUGACCACACUGGAGCGGCGCUUCAAUCUUCAGAGCGCUGAUGUGGGCGUCAUUGCCAGCAGCUUUGAGAUCGGCAACCUGGCCCUCAUUCUCUUUGUUAGUUAUUUUGGUGCUAAAGCCCACCGUCCUCGGUUAAUUGGCUGCGGAGGCAUUGUCAUGGCUUUGGGAGCGCUGCUCUCCGCAUUACCCGAGUUCCUCACCAGUCAAUACUUGAUCACAGACACAUGGAGCAAGGAAUUGGGGCGAGACGUGUGCUCCAACGCCUCUAAAACUGAUGAAACAUGUGGGAAUAGAGCAAACACCAACAUGAUGUACCUCCUUCUGAUAGGAGCCCAGGUGCUGCUGGGUAUCGGUGCAACGCCUGUUCAGCCCCUAGGGGUGUCCUACAUAGAUGAUCAUGUGCGAAAGAAAGACUCCUCUCUCUAUAUAGGUAUACUCUUUUCCACACUAGUGUUUGGACCUGCGUGUGGUUUCAUCCUGGGAUCUGUCUGUACUAACUUUUAUGUGGAUGUUUUGCUCAUCGACACAAGUGUGCUGAACAUCACUCCAGAUGACCCCCGCUGGAUCGGUGCAUGGUGGGGCGGCUUUCUCCUCUGCGGUGCCUUACUCUUCUUCUCGUCCAUCUUCAUGUUUGGUUUCCCCCAGUCCCUGCCCUGCAAGGAGAUGGAGGGAGUUCUUGAGAUUGAACAGGCCAUGCUGCCCUCAUCUUUACCCCAGGAUUAUGACAAAUCCAAGGCCAGCAAUGGAGUCCUGCAGAACCACCAGCCCAACAACCUGUCCUGCUGUCAACAGCUCCGAGUUAUUCCCAAGGUGACCAAGCACCUCCUGUCAAACCCAGUGUUCACAUGUAUUAUCUUGGCCGCCUGUAUGGAGAUCGCUGUUGUCGCUGGCUUUGCUGCCUUCCUGGGCAAAUAUUUGGAGCAGCAGUUCAACCUCACCACCUCCUCUGCUAACCAGCUGUUGGGGAUGACAGCCAUCCCGUGUGCCUGUCUGGGCAUAUUCUUAGGAGGUUUGCUGGUGAAGAAGCUGAACCUGUCUGCUCUGGGAGCCAUACGAAUGGCCAUGCUGGUCAACCUGAUCUCCACUGCGUGUUACGUGUCCUUCCUCUUCCUGGGCUGUGACACAGGACCUGUCGCUGGGGUGACCGUCGCCUAUGGCAACGAGACACUGCAAGUAGGCCAGAAGCCGGAAGCCCCCUGCAUGAGUCAUUGCAACUGCUACACUUCAUCAAUCAGCCCCGUUUGUGGCUCCAAUGGUGUGACCUACUUGUCCUCCUGUUUCGCUGGCUGCACCAGUGCCAUCGGUACCGGACUACCACCUCCUCCUCGCUUUCAGAACCUGACGAGGUGCUCGUGCAUCUCCGAAUACAAUGACUUUGCCACGGCUGUGCCAGGGAAAUGCCCGCGCCGCGGCUGCAAGGAAGCCUUCCUCACGUUCCUGUGUGUGAUCUGUGCCUGCAGUAUGAUCGGAGCAAUGGCCCAGACACCCUCCGUCAUCAUCCUCAUCAGAACUGUGAGCCCAGAGCUGAAGUCAUACGCCCUUGGAGUUCUUUUUCUGUUACUGCGACUGUUAGGGUUCAUUCCCCCUCCUUUGAUAUUCGGUGCGGGGAUUGACUCGACAUGCCUUUUCUGGAGCACCGAGUGCGGGGAGAGAGGUGCCUGUCUGCUGUACAACAACGUGACCUACCGCCACCUGUACGUCGGCAUGGCCAUCGUUCUCAAAAUUGUGGCAUUCCUCCUCUACACAACCACGUGGCAAUGCUUGCGCAGAAACUACAAGAAGUACAUUAAAAACCACGAGGGAUACGUCACGCCCACAGAAAUGAUCUCGUCCAGCGUGAACCUGGACAGUCUCGGAAAGGACAGCAGUCAAAGCCAAGUCAACCGGACUAAAUUUAUAUAUAACCUGGAGGAUCACGAGUGGUGUGAAAACAUGGAGUCCGUUUUAUAGAGGGUUUCAAGCGUCAUUCUAACCGACGAUCGUCCUUUGAGUUUAGCUCUUAUUCCGGGAUGUGCAGGACUGUUGUUGCACUUUAUUAUAAACUCAUUCAAUCUCUUCUACUGGGUCCAUCUUGUUUUUAGAUGGACUGUUUCUCCAGUGCCAGUAAAAUGUUGUAGUAGUUAGCUGAUCGUUGCCUCGCUGUUUCAUUGACUGGUAGCUGGUUUGUUCAAUUUGCAGACAUCAUACACAAAUGCAGCCACAAAAUGACUGUUUCCUCAAUUUUUCAAGUAAAAAGCUAACUAAAAUGAACCAUUUUAAAUGGUUAUUCAUCAUCAGGCGAGUUGAUUAUGUUCUUGGGCUCUAUCCAGUCUGGUAUUUAAUACAUCACAAUUAUCAAUACUAAUAUACAGUAUAAUUAUAUUGUAUACAUACAGAGAUUUUCUAUAUGAAAACUAUAUCGAUUAUAUCUUAAAACAUUCAAAAGGGUGUUUGAGAGAUCUUUUUCUUUUUAAGUGCUUUUUGCAGCAUUUGCUUUCUGCUGUUAAUUUAUAUUGUUUAUUAAAGGGGCUACAUGUACGAAUUUUCAUGUAUAAAUGUUAUAAAUGUGGCCGUUACUAACGGCAUUACUUUUUCCAGUAACGAGUAAUCUAAUUUGAUUACUCUUCUCAUCUUAAUAACGCCAUUACUGUCACUGCCAAAAAAUGCGGCGCGUUACUAUAACUGAUGAAGCUGUUUUUUUUUUUUUGGUUUUUUUUAUCAGACCAACUAGAUCUUUGAGCGAGAGGCAAAUACUUUUUUUACUGUUCUUCCUUGGUUAGUGGGCAGAGCACGAGACAAGCGCAUAAAUGCUGACGAUUGGCUGAGGUAGAGUAAAAUGUCAUUGUAAGCCAAUCAGAGGUAGAGCACGCAUAGUAGUGAUGGGCAUCCGGCUCUUUUGGCUCACAAACGGCUCUUCAAAUGACUUUGACUCUAAUAUUUCAAUUUUUAUUACAUAAUUAUUUAAUUUCUAUAGGCUAAAUUUGUAAAAAUAGAGUCGGCUCUUCAGAUAUGCGAGCGAGCUCCCGACGUUCACCUAAAAGAGUCGACUCAUUCGCGAAUCGCGAACAACCCAUCAAAAGCUCAUUCGUGAAUGAGCCGAUCCAUCAUCACUAACGCUCAUUCGCGAACAGUUGUGGCCUGUUGAGGGGCAAUAAAUAUCAAAAGAUACAAAACAUCUAUUGUGUUAUUUGCAUUGAUCCGCUGUAUUAACAUAAUAUCUACAUACAUGGCAUUUGAUUGGAGGCUAGUGUCACUUUGUCCCACACAGCAACAUUUUUUUAGAUGUGUGUACAAUGUUUCAUGUUUCUGUUAAUAAUGUAUUGUAUUAAGUGUCCAUUUCAUUAAUAUUCACAUUUAUCAUAAAUAAUUGAACAUGUAUUUUAAGUUCCGUUAAAGAGGGGUAGAGGUGGGGUCAAUUUAAUUUUACUUGAAAGUAAAGCAAUAAUUACUUUAAGUAACUAGUUACUUUUAAAAUUUGUAACUGAGUAACUAAUUUAGUUACUUUUUGUAAGAAGUAACUAGGAACUGUAACUAAUUACUUUUUAAAAGUAACUUGCCCAACACUGCCUAUGAAAGCCUCUAGAGUGAUUUUUAUGUGGACUCGGACCGGUUUUACCGUGAAAAUCUAAAGGAUGUUGCGGUUACGCGCACUCCCGACAACCUCUGUUCGGUUUAAUGAAACAUGAAAUUAAUGUUCACGAAAGAGCUAUUCUGUAGUGUCAAUUUCAUGCAAAUAAAAAGGUAUUAAUUCAAACUAUAUAGUCUCACAUAUUCAGAUUUAUAUAGUCUAUAAUCUUAACUAUACUUUAUAAUUUAAAUGACCUCAUCUGGCGUCGACAUGAUGCCUGUAAAUCACGAGCUGGUUCAAACAUAUCCACGUUGUUGCGGUCGGAUACUUUCUUAACUGCAGCCAUUUUAGUUGUGUGUUUGUUAUUGAGAGGAAAGCGCACAGCACAUAUUUACCUAAACGUCUCUAAAUGCAGUCUCUUGUACGUUCACGUGCGCGAGCACGAGCAAUAAGUUGCUGGCUGCAGUUCACUUAACGGCCACCGAUGUCGCUAAUAAGGGUUUCUGAAUUCUACAUAUAGCCCCUUUAAGGCCUAAAAUGUCU